AUGAAAAUCGGAGCAUCUCUGGUAUUCUCUAUUCUGGCCUUGAAUAUACCAUGUGUCAUCAGUUCUGGUUUUUGGCACUAUCUUAACCGACAUGCUCACUCGCUCGCUUUGCACGGCGCGGGUGGCCUUCAACUUCCCAAGCGCGCUGCUGGAUCGACUUGGAAAUAUUACAAUGUCGAGACUGGAAAUCCCGGUUCUUGCGGAUCGAAGCAUGUCAAUACUGAUUUCACAGUUGCAAUGAACGUUGCACAAAUGAAUCCCGACUGGUGCUUCAAAACUAUUAAGCUGACUCAAGGUGGUAAAAGUACCACUGCGACUAUAAGCGACACGUGUAUGGGAUGUGACUACGGUGGAAUCGAUCUCACUGAGGGUCUCUUUGCAUUUUUCGUCGGAUACUGGCCCACUCAAGGCGGAGUGUUAAUUGGCGACUGGGAGUUUAUCGAUGACACCCCUCCAAAGCCGUCGGCUCUCUUUUCUCCACCUCCGGUCAAGACCACUAAGCCUUUGCCAUUGGUACCUCCACUUUCUACCUCCACCGUGACUUCACACAAGCCAGUCGCAUCAAGUGCAAUAACUCCGAGUACUACCAGAGCCACCUCAACUUCUGCUACUGCAAACACAACAAUAAUCUUUUCCAUGUCUGCUAGCAGUACUAGCACCCCAUCGUCUGUCGGAUACUUGAGCGGGUUAGCCAGUAGCCUUGCAGUACCCACUGGAUCAACCAAAGCUAUCAAUAAUACCUCCAAUAUCGAGAUAUUAAAUUCAGUCAUUAUCCAGCUUGGCGGGCUAGUUUUGGCUGCUGGAAAGGAUUAG